AUGUCUUCAACAAAUCUCAUGAAUUCGAACAAGGGACGUGCGGGCUGCCAUUACACUGCAAGUCCAUUGACUAGGCCGUACUCUUCGAUGCCGAAUAUAAUGUUGUUGACACCAGCUGAAACUGACGAAACGAAAAUAUUGUCCGCCACGACAGCUAAGUCGAGACCAGAACCCAAUGUAGCUGUGCCGGUCACUUGUGUGGAUCUGCAGAGGUACCAGGGAUGCUGCGAUAAAGGUGGUGAUCACGAACACGGCGCGGGUCAAACCUAG